UGCUUCAAGAGUUAGACCACUAAGAUGCAGGGAUCUCAUAUACUUCAGCUAGCCAUGGCUCUACUUGUAGGAGUUGUGUUUGUGUCAGGUCUGACUAAGAACAAAGUCUUGGUGAAUUCAAAGUGCAAAUGUGUGACGGUAACAUCUCAUCUAGUCCCUUCUCCUGAUGACCCAGCAAAGGAAAUUCUUGUAAGAAACAUAACAAUAAUAGUUCCCUUAAGCAACAGAGAGAAUCUGUCUGAUCCAACUUCUAAAGUGAGAAACACAUUUAUCUAUCGGCUCUCUGACUUGUAA